GUGACCGGCCAGCCUUCCGAUUCUGCUCCGGGGGACCAGCAGAAUUUUACUACAAUGGGACCAGGCAGGCGUGCAUGAUGCUAACACCAGACGGAGCUGGCCUCUGCAACCGCGGCCAAAAUCGCUUCACGUCUCUGGAGAGCUGUGGGCAGGCGUGCGUGGAUGGUCUUGAACCAGCUCCGGAGUGCUACGAGAAGGCUGUGUUUGCAGAAUGUGAAGCUCGGGACGUCGUGGAUGCCUGGUGGUGGUACCUGGAAGGCAAGGGUUGUCGACACUGGCGGUUUCCUCGGGGUCACUGCCCGGACGGAGGAGACGUGUUCCCGACGUCCUUGGAGUGCGUCCAAAGAUGCGUCGAUGCCAAGGGACGCGAGCCGCCAUGCGUCGCCCCGAAAGGCGUGGCGUGCGACUUGAAACACCUGCGCUUCGGCUACAUCGCGGACGCGUCUCCGCGUGGUUCGGGGGCCAGGCGCUGCCGCCAGCUGCCCUCCGCUGGCGGGGAAGUGAAAAUUCAGCACUGCCUGGCCGGCGCCAACAAGUUCCCGACACUUGAGGCAUGCCAGAGGCGAUGCGUUCAAGCUUAAUCGUAUAUAUCCUCACACUCAAGCAAUAAAGAAGCGUUGA